AUGGUAUUCCGCGGGAGACCCUCCAAGGCCUGCGAAAGGUGCAGAACCCGGAGACUGAAGUGUGAUCUCCGAAGCGAAACCUGCGGCCAGUGCAUCCGAGCCCACGUGUCCUGCUCAGGAUACCGCGACACCCAAAAACUGCGCAUUUGGGACGAAAGUCAAUCUGUCGCUCUGAAAGCCCAGGGGACCAACAAUAGCAAACCUGCCUCUUCUCCCCCUUUUCCAACUUCCCACUUCCAAGCGCCGGACCAGCCAGCCUUGAACGCUCUCCCCUUAUCCAUUGACCUCCAAGCCCGCUUCACCUUCUUCUCUUACUACAUCGACACACAAUGCUGGUUCUUCCUCAGAUCCUAUUACCAUCCCACCGACUCUCCCGCGCAUCUCACGUUGGCUAUCGAAGCCGUUGCGCUGGCCUACCUCUGGCAUAAAGUUAACUCGAAGAUUGCCCUAAACACCGCGAGAGAGCGGUACGUCUCUGCUCUACGCACGACGAAUAAAGCUCUCGUGUCUUCCCAGAAGGCAGUCAAGGAUGUGACUACACUACUUGCCUCUCUCCUGUUGGAUUUAUUCGAGAAAAUUACAGCCAGUAAACCGCGCACCAGCGGUUCGUGGGCGUGCCAUGUCAGCGGGGCAUUGGGCCUCGUCCAGCUGAGAGGAGUGGAGCGGUUUCGAGAUCCGGAGGAGGUCUGCAUGCUGGUACGGCUCACAACGAAUUAUACUAUGAGUUGUGUGGCUAGUGGGGAGAAGGUGCCGGACGUGUUGAGAAUGAUUCUGGCGUAUAUCGGUACGCGGCGGAGUUUGGAGAAUCCGAUGUUGAGGUUGACAGAUUUGAUGAUGUCCUAUGCGGAUUUGCGGAGCGAGAUUCAGAGUGGAACACUGGCGAGGGAGGUGUGCGUCGAGAAAGCCAUGGAGCUCGACGCGAGAGUGCGAGAGUUGGAAUUGGAUCUGUCGGACGCGUUGCAGCACUCGACCACUCCACUGGUUCGAAAGUCGGCACGGUCGUUCGAGCAUCACUGGGAUUCUUAUUCCAACUCAAAAAUCUGCCAGGCGAUGAACAUGCUGCGAUUUUUCAGGAUCCUGCUCAACGAAUAUGUCGUCGAUCAUUUCUCGGCACUGUCUCCUGACGUCGGGCACUUGGCUACGUUAGCAUCGGCACAUGAUACCAUUUCGAAGCUGGUCCGGGAAAUAUGCGCAUCCGUACCGCAAUACGUAGACUGCGAUGGAGCAGCACAAGACAAGCUACCAUCAUCGGAUUCAUCAUUUCUAUCCGAGCAUACCCAUGCUCAUACGCUUAGCCACCAGUCGGCUUGCUAUACGCUUAUCUUUGCGCUCUAUGUUGCAGGAACAAGAAACACAUUCCCAGAGGCCAGGGGUUGGGUUAUUGAGCAGCUGCAUCACAUAGGCAGUCAUUUUCAUUCACGGAACGCCGAGAUAGUUGCUCAGAUGCUUGAGGGAGGAGCGGCAACUAGCCCCUGGGAGGUAUUUGCUAUGUUAGGCAGUUACGCGGUCGCCGCGUGA